UGUGCAGGGACGGCUGGCAGGCCCUCCCUAGUCACCGGUUCUGAGCCAGCCCCUGCGGAGCCCUGGGGCCAGUGGGGCUCAGACACAAGGUGGCCUCAGGGCAGGCGUCAGCCGCUCCGCGGUUAAGCGUGCAGCCUUUGGGGUCAGAUAGGCCUCGGCCUGAGCCCAGUUCUGCCAUUUCCCAGAUGACUGCCUUUUGAUAAACUUCAGCCCCAGGCUGGCUGGCAGGAUGAGAAGUCGUGCCUGGCACAUAAGCACUCUCCUGUUAGUGGUUUUCAGCUUUCAUGCAACAAAUAGGUCCUAGGCGAGGCUCUAGAAACUCAAGGACAGAUGUGACGGUUUCAGUGUCAUCCCUUUGCUUAUUCAGAGUUCCCUCAUCUGUGCGGUGCUCUGUGCUCGGUGUCAGGCAUGAGACUAACUCUGAUUGUAAGUCACGUUUACGGAGCUCGCGCCGUGCCGGGCACUGUUCCAAGCACUUGUAUGUGUCAUAAAUCGCCAGUACUGCCCCAUUUCCUUCGAGGGAACAGAGAUGACACCCAGAAGGUGGCAGUGCUGGCAUUCAGCUCCGGGUCAGAGGCUUCCCUUGAAUCCUACACUGGUCAGAGAUGAGCCAUGGUUUGCUGGGGUGGUGAUGGUCAUGCUGAUGGUGGUGGCGUGGGGUGCAGGGUCUUAGGGGCGGACUGCAGAGCAGCCUGCCCAGACGUGUUCCUCGAGGAGUCAGUGCCAUCUAAUGACACCCAAGGAAAGAUGGUCUUGGUACAGGAGUCCCCUGCUGGCUGAGGUCAGUGAGCGAGCAGAUGUGUCCCCUCACGCAGGAUCUCAGGAAGGUCAGGGACACGGAAGGGGGAGUGCCCAAGCUGCCAUGUCCUUCUUCCUUGGACAGACCCAAGUAUCCCAGGCUCCUCCCAAGGCUGACCUUCCGGUCCCUUCCCCCUUCUCUGGGUUCCGCUUCUUCCACUCCUGGCUUCCCUGUCUUCCUCCCUACUGCCCUGGCCCGCAGUUCUCAGACUUCUCUCUCUACUCCCUCUUUUGGCGUUUCCCGGCGCCCCACAGAGGGAGGCGUAUUUUGCACGGAUGCGCCGGGCUCACCAGAACCGCACGUCCCUCUCAGAGGAGCAGUUGCGGGCAGCUGUGACAGCUGAGAGGACCAUGGGGCCCCCAGAGGGCAGGGGCCGGGCACAGCGGCUAUCGGAGGUGGAUGAGGCCCAGAGGCGGAUGGAUGCCGAGAUCUGGCAGCUCCUUUCCAGCUUUGCUGCCCACCCCCAGCCCCCUGCCCCGGGGCUCUUGCUCCAUCCCCAGCCUGCAGCUGCCCUACAAGCAGCUCUCCCUUCCUCCUCCUCCUCCUCCUCCCCCUCCUCCUCCUCCUCCUCCUCCCCUUCUUCCUCCUCCUCUUCAGCUUCUGCGCCUUCCUCAGCAGGCUCUCAGUUCUCUCUCUCCUACGAAGGCUUCUCUCUGCUUCCUGGGAGCCUCUAUUAUUGGCAGCUGCCCCAAGCCUUCCUGGGGAACAAGGUAACAAGGAGCUAGGGGUUAACAGGGUGUCAUCAAAACCUAAAAUAUUCGAGAGCCCUUUUUCAAAGUCCUUUAUGACACAGAUGGGUAGGUAGAUCAAGGCCCGGAGAGGGGAAGGGACUUGCCUGGUGUCCCAUCAGUGGCCACAGGCCCUGGCGGGGACCCGUCUCACCCAGGAGGCUUUACCCCAUAUCCAGCUCACUCACCUAGCUCUUGGCUCUGCAUUCGUUCCUUCAGGAAGCAUUAUUUUAGCACUUCCUGUGUGCUGCGUUGUAUCUGGGCAGAGGACGACCCUGGCCCUGGUCGUUCCUGUCAUCGCCAGCAUCAUCAACGUCAUCAUCACCGUUGGCAUUAGUGUUAGGAUUGACGUCAGCUCCGCCUUGUUCCAAAAACUAUUUAGAAUGCCUCUUAAGAAUAUGCAUAAUAUGCCAUGAAAUAGCAUUCAGAGAGGCAGCUGGGACGGAAUUGGCAUGAUCUGGGGGGAAUGGGGAUAAGAAAGAUCUGCCGAAGCUGAGAGCACAGCCAGGUGUGUGAGGAGCUGGCAGGCAAGGAGGCCGUGCACUCUGGGGACACUCUGCUCAGGGCAGUAUUUUACAGAGCCUUUGUCACUUAAUCUUUGUGCUACCCUUCAAGGUACAUAUUAUUUUUAUUGCUAUUUCCAUAAGAGGAAAGUAAGACUCAGGUUAGGUGCCUUGUCCGGGGCUGUCCCGCCAGUACAGUUGGACUUGAACUCCAGUCUUAGACUUCAGAGUCUGCUCCCUGAGCAGACUCCCCGAGCCACCCUGCUGCACACGCCUGCAGCUUGGUCUGGAAGCAGUGAUGAACCUGCUGGCAUCCAAAGCAAGCAGGAAACUAAGUUGUUUCAUGGUUAUCCAGUUAUGCCUUAGAGUUCCUUCCCUCACCCUGAGCUUGUGGAAAACAUCCUCAGGACAGUAUAGCUCAAUUCCAGCAUGUAGUCAGUAGGCAUUGAGUAAGUGCUCACCAACUGAAUGAACACAAAAAUGAACAGAUGGGCUAGGCCUGAUGCGGUGUGGUAUUGAUCCGAACAUCUGCCGUGGUGGCAGAGGAGAGAAAGGAAAGUCCUGGGACAGAGCUGGGGCCUUGGCUGCCCACGUGAAAGCCCCCAGCAGGAAGCCUAAGGACUCUCUCAGUUGUGAGCGAUGGAAAACCCAAGUACAGCCAGCUCCUGCAACUACAAAGUCCGAGGAAGCUGGUGUCAGGCAUGGCUGGGUUCAGGGGCUCAUUAGGACUUUUACCUCCAUUGGCAUCAUUCUCCGGCUUCCAAUCUGACUAGUAAAGGGGGUACCUCUGUCCGUGGAAGGAGCAGAAGUGCCAGGUUUACGUGUCCAUCCCCGACAGAGUGGAAGAGAAUGGUGGAAAAUGCACAUUGGCCAGACCUGGCUCACGUCUGCCCUCAAACCACAUGGCCCGCACGUAGGACAUAGUUUCCUUUAAAGGAAACCGGGCCGUAGUUUGCAAAAAAAACAGGGAAAUGGAUUCUAAGCAGACAAAAACCACCUGCCCAAGGGACAAGGCCUCUGAAGGCGCACCCUCAGCCCUACCCCCACGGCCGGGAACUUGUAAACCUUCUGGGGCAAGCUCAUGAUGAUCACCAUCAGUAUCCCUGUCUACUUUUUGGGAAAUGUCUUCAAAGGGAAAGGGACUUGAAGCUUGUUUGCUGAGCUGUCGAGGCUGCUCAGGGUCACCACCGGCAGGUCCAAGACAGCAAAGGAACUGACAGGUGCCUGUCUCCUUGGCAACCAGGGGCCAAGCGCACUGGCCUCCGGUUGAACGGAGGGGACAGCGCAGGUACAGAAAAGCCUUGAGAAGCUCCGCCCACUCACCGGUAGGGUCACACGCACCGUGGAGGAAGGCAGAGUCGGGCUGUGACUGCAGGGCU